UGUAUAACGUUCCCUCAUUGUACUAGCAUGUUUCCUGCUUUCAGAAGAUCAAGCUAUGCGAAAAGACUUUAGAGGUAUUGAGAGAGGCUUGUGUGAGUUAGUGUUAGCUUUGUGUGCAAACCCUCGCCUGGUUUCGAAAAAGAUGGUUUUAGCUGGAUAGUGAGAUACUACACGGUUGAUCACGAUGUGAUGGCGAGGGUUUAUCGUCUCCAGCUAAUACAGCAUACGUUGAUCUUCGUUCCAAAAUCAGUUUAUCGUUUUUAGCCCGUUCACCGGACAAGUCAUGUUUGUCGCUUUUGUCUCGUCGUGUGUUCUUUACUGAUUAAAAAUCACUUGUGUUUUAACAUUAAAUGUUUAUUUCGUUGUCACACAACUGCAGCACCAAUAUCGAAAUGACAUUUGACUUUAUCGCCGCUGCCUGUCUGGUGCAACCGUUCGAUGGAAGCGUGGAAAACUUGCCAUCGUUCAUCGAUUCAGUAAAAUUACUCGCCGAAUCAACUCCCCACCAUCAGCUGCCGAUUGCUGCGAAAUUUGUGAAAACACGUUUGGUUGGGAAGGCAUGUUCCAGCAUCUCAAGUGAUUGGUGGACCAUUGAAGAUCUAAUCGACGAGGUGAAAACGAUGUGCCUUAAACGUGAGACACCGGAAUACAUCAUUGCCAAGUUGAGAAUUCUCAAGCAAAAAGAGGCGCUUCUUCCGUUUUGCGAACAAGUGGUGAAGCUUACAAACAAGCUGGAAAUGUCAUUUUUUGUUAGCUUGGAGAUAUCUCGUGAAAGAGCUCGUGCAAUGGCCAUCACGAUUGGCGUGCAGGCGUUGGUGAAUGGCUCCGUGCAGAUACACCAGUCACUGGACAGUCACAAUUUUAGCACAAUUGAGCAGGCUGUCACAGAGGGGAUAAAGAUGACGAGCGAUUAUAGCAGGUUUGGUCACGAAACGAUCACGACUACUGAUUUAGCCAUUAUUUGACUUUUUUUUUGCAUGAUUUAAAAGUUGUCUUGUCACGAUUUGCUCGUUUGAAUCCCGCUAAUUGAUGUUCCGGUAACAUGAAUCCUGCUAAUUGGAAUAAAGUUGUUCCUCAUUUGAUUUUGAGAAUCACUCAAUCGUCUAAAUAUAGCUGUCGCUGUAAGAGUGUGAUAAUUUGCAUUCGUACAAUCAACAGCUGUUUAAUACAUGGGUUAAUUUCACCAUAUUUCGUUUUGCUGGAUGGUAAAUGUGUAUUUCUGUAAUUAUUACAUGAUUUGUAAUAUUUUCGUGGUUAAGGAAAAUGAUAUUGAUGUUUGAAAAAAACAUGUGAGAAACGGAAAUAUCGAUGCCUCUGUGCUCUCUUGUACUAAGUUUGCUGUGAUUCCUAUCCAGUUUGCAUAAGAGAGCACAGAGGCAUCGAUAUGUUGAAUGAAACGAACGAUUUUUAGGAAUGUUUUUUAAAUAACUUCAGAAUAUUUUUUUAUACAUCUAAAGCGUUUUUUAUUACGUAACGCAAAAAUUUAGAUUUUUGGGCCACCUCUUCCACCCCCUCGUAACAAAAUAUCCAUACAAAUUUUAAAAUUCAGAAAUUGCAAGCAAUUUGUACAAGGAGCGAAUCAUAUUAAUUUUCUAUACAAACUUUGGAGAAAAACCAUCAAGCCAUGUCUAAAUAUUUUUGAAAAAAUCGAAGUGCCUGUGUUUCUGGGGACCCUAAAUUUCAUGCUUCCCCUUGAAUUGAGCCUGCGUAGAAAUGUUGUUGAUCGGUUAAUCCGAACAAUAAAUAAUUAACUCUUAAAAAAAUGAAUAAAAAUAUUACCGAUAGAACAUUUAAAACUUGAAAAAAAAAAAAAAAAAACGAUAGAUCGAUAUUUUUGAAUUCAAAACCCUAGAAAUUCAAAAAAUCAUAGGGCCUGUGUUUCUGGGAUCCCCAAAGUAUAUGCUUCCCUAGGGUGUAACAUGGUUGGGAAAUCCACGUUUCACGCUGUACUAAAACCGGAUUCAUAUUCGGAUGCUCUGGAAGGUGCUCUACAACUUUCCCGAAGAGAGUAUGGUGCUAAAUUGCUCCUAAAAAAAGAUACAGCGUGUUCAAAACUCGUCUAAAACGUAUUUUUUGUUCGAAAAUCACGUUUUAGACGAGUUUUGAGGACGCUGUAUCUUCUUUCAAGGACAAGCUAGCACCAUACUCUCUUCGGGAAAGUUGUAGAGCACCUUCCAGACCAUUCGAAUAUAAAUCCAGUUUUAGUACCGUAACCUGGGGUGAAUCGGGACUACAGUCUGAAUAGGGACAGCAGUUUCUAGAGCACUUAAAGGUUUUAAAUUUGGAAAUGGAUGUACACAUUUUGUUGGCCUGAUUCUGUUCUAACCGAAACCAACCAAAAAAUAUUGUACUCCAUCAUGGUUUAAACUACUGUCCCAAUUCGCCCCAUGUGUCCCGAUUGACCCCAGUUUACGGUACAGCGUGAAACGUGAUUUUUUUUAAAUAUCUAAAUAAAAAAAAUGGUUUUCCCUUACAAAUUUAUAUGAAAAAUUGAAUCGCUUUGCGCAAAGUGAGGACUUAACCAAUCGUUGCCAAACUUUGGGGAGUUGUUUAGGACCCCAAAAGGAACUGAAAAAUUGCUGUUUUUUUUUAGCCAAAAUGAAAAAUGUGUGGCUUUUGAGGACCUGAAGUUGAAGUUGAGAAUUCUUAAGUAAUUUAAAGGCGAGAUCGUCAUUUUUUUAAAUUGAAUGGAAGUUGUUUAUAGAGUCGAUGCGGUUGUAUCCAUGCAGAAGCUGUCUUUAAUGUUUGGUUCCUUUUAAAAACAUACUGGUUUAGUGAAAAUCUUCUCUGUUUGUGGGAUCAGCUUCGCUAGAACUAGCGAUGUUUAUUUGCUGGGCCAGGAAGAGCUGCAGGAUUCUAAAAUCAGCCAGGGAAUUUGCGGCAGUGCUGACACCCUCGCUGCAGUUCUUCGUCACCCGUAAAAAUUAAAAACCUCUUCUAACCGAUCGAAACUUGAAAGCAUACACAAUUUUCCAGCAAAAAAUGUCAAAUACUAGACAAAAUAAAACACAUGCUAAUGAUUAUAAAACAGCUAAUUUAUCAGUAAGAAAAAAGUCAUGCUUGUGCUUGAACAGCCUCCUACUUUGUAGAUGUAAACAAAGUGGGAUCAUUCGAAAAUCACGUUACGCAUUCUCUCUAUUCAUCACCCAGAUAUUACCAUCCUUUUUGUAGGGAUUAUGGGUUGCAGGAUUGAAUAUGUAAUAAAUUAUUAAAUGAGUAUUUAUUAUAAGAUUGAUAUAAUUCAUAAAUAAGAGUUUAGAGCGCAACAAAAAGUGCGCACCUUCAUGAAUAUUGCCUUGUAAGCUGAUUGCGCAUUGAGUGCGAGAGCGCGCUAGCAAGCUGCGAGAGAGAACAACGAGCGAGAAAACAACGAGAUGCGCGCGGCUGGCGAAAGAGAGAAUGAAGAUUGUCAAAUCAGUUUUGUGGUUAAUUUGCGUGGAAUAAGACGUGUUGUUUGUUA